AUGGCUAAGGCAGAAGCAUAUUCAUGUGGCCCGAGUCGUACAAGUUUCCGCCACAUCACGGCCGUGCAUGGGUUUGUACUCAGCACGAGACCGCAAGCCGCCCUGACCCGGCCGGUGCAUGUGGCGAGCCCGCGGGGCGGACAGCUGACAGCGCUGAGGACCGGGGGCUGCCGGCCGAGGCUCCCGGGGUCCCUCACGCUGCUAAAGCCUGCCCGGCCGGGGCUCCCGGGGUCCCUCACGCUGCUAAAUCCCGCUCGGCCGCUCUGGCGCCGGCCACAGGCACCCCCGCUGCAGGACCGCAGGGAGGGGCGGGUGUCCCCGGGGUCUCCCGGGCGGUGCCCGGUGAGGCGCAGCCGCCGCGGGCUGUGGCGAGGGGCAGCCCCGCUCCAGCCGCACAGGGCCGGCCGGAGCCCGGCCCCUUUUCCCGGGGCCAGCUGCGCUCUGCAGCCGCGGGCCGGGAUGAAGCAGCUAGGGGCGGCGGGCACUGCGGGCGGGGCGCGGCUCCCCCGGGCCCUGCGCUCUGACGGGCUCCCGCCGCAGGCGCUGGUGGACGACACCGAGGAUGUGUCCCUGGAUUUCGGGAGCGAGGAGGAGCUGGCGCUGCGGAAAGCGCGGAUCAGGCACCCACUGGCCACCUUUUUCCACCUGUUUUUCCGAGUGAGUGCUAUUGUUACCUACUUGUUCUGUGACUGGUUCAGCAACAGCUUUGUUGCCUGUUUUGUCACUACUCUCCUUCUAUCCUUUGACUUUUGGUCUGUCAAGAAUGUGACAGGAAGACUCUUGGUUGGUUUGCGUUGGUGGAACCAGAUUGAUGAAGAUGGAAAAAGUCACUGGGUGUUUGAAGCAAAAAGGGUGCCUACAAUAGCUGCCUCAACUGAAGCUGAAGCCCGAAUCUUCUGGCUCGGUCUCAUCAUCUGCCCAGUGAUUUGGACAAUGUUUUUCUUCAGCACCUUGUUCUCCUUGAAGCUGAAAUGGCUGGCUCUUGUGAUUGCUGGGAUCUCCCUCCAGACUGCUAAUUUAUAUGGCUACAUCCACUGCAAGUUAGGGGGACAAAAAGCCAUCAGCAGAGUAACCUCAAGGUUGUUUGGCACCACAGAUGUUCCCAAGAGACACAGCAGGACAAUUUCUGAAGAUGGCACUGAAGAACAUGCGAAGACAGGCACUAGGUAACCAAAUAAGGAGGAGCUAAAGGAUGAGCCAUAAAAAAAGUAAUUCAUGAAAGUUGUUCUUCAUGGGAAGAUAUUUAGAAAAAACUCUUCUAGAAUUAUGCCUGCAUGAAAUAAAGUCAUUUGUGUUUGAGUCUUUGGAUUGUGGAAGGUAUAAAGCCUUUGUUACUUAAAAGCUUCACCAAAAAGUUGUUUGUGUGAGCACAGACAGUGCUCGUGGUUUACAAGGAGCACGCUGCUUUCAGUAAAGUUGUCAACUAACCUCAUACUGUUGGAUUAUCUUAACGAGAAAUUACAUGUAAUGAAAAUAUGAUGCUGAUUUGUUUAACUAUGGAACUACAAUAAACAAAACCAAACUGCCUUUCCCUCUUGUACACAAUACUGACUUUUCAGAGCUUUCAAACUACAAACACAAAAGGCCUCUUUGUUAUUAAAAAUACUGAAUGUUUAUUUUUUUAAUGUUCAGCUUAGGGUCAAAUAGAAGAAAACAAAAGUCAUGAACCAUGUACACCCACUACUUAUGUGAAGAUAUGUAUAACUACACAGUUAUGUAUAGCAAAAAUAUUAAUCUAGUUUUGAUACCUGUAAAAAAAUAAAGCAAUGCUCUUGUACUAUAAUACUACCCCAGCUUUCACACUAGACACAGAUCUUUUCCACUGAAAGGAGACCUUUAAAUUAUGUUAUUCAGGGAGACGGAAGGGGCAUUACAGCUCACCCUUGUGCAGCAGGCAGAACAAAGGCCACUGCACAUGCCCCAGUGUCAACCCAGCAUAUUUUAUAUUCAACCUCCUAAGUAAAAUGUGAGUUGUAUUCUCACCUCUUCAAC